AUGGCCCCGCGGCUGCAGCUGGAGAAGGCCGCCUGGCGCUGGGCGGAGACGGUGCGGCCCGAGGAGGUGUCGCAGGAGCACAUCGAGACCGCCUACCGCAUCUGGCUGGAACCUUGCAUCCGCGGCGUUUGCAGACGCAACUGCAAAGGAAAUCCAAAUUGCUUGGUUGGGAUUGGUGAGCAUAUUUGGUUAGGAGAAAUAGAUGAAAAUAGUUUUCACAACAUUGAUGAUCCCAACUGUGAGAGGAGAAAAAAGAACUCAUUUGUGGGCCUGACAAACCUUGGAGCUACUUGUUACGUCAACACAUUUCUUCAAGUGUGGUUUCUCAACCUGGAGCUUCGGCAGGCACUGUACUUGUGUCCCAGCACCUGUAGUGACUAUGUGAUGGGAGAUGGUGUCCACGAAGAGAAAGAUUAUGAGCCUCAGACAAUUUGUGAACAUCUCCAGUACUUGUUUGCUUUGUUGCAAAACAGUAACAGACGAUACAUUGAUCCCUCAGGGUUUGUUAAAGCAUUGGGCUUAGACACUGGCCAACAACAGGAUGCGCAGGAAUUUUCAAAGCUGUUUAUGUCUCUGUUGGAAGAUACUUUGUCUAAACAGAAGAAUCCAGAUGUUCGGAACAUUGUUCAGCAGCAGUUCUGUGGGGAAUAUGCCUAUGUAACUGUUUGCAAUCAGUGUGGCAGGGAGUCCAAGCUGUUAUCAAAGUUCUAUGAACUGGAGUUAAAUAUCCAAGGCCACAAACAGUUAACAGAUUGUAUUUCAGAAUUUUUAAAGGAAGAAAAGCUAGAAGGAGACAAUCGAUACUUUUGUGAAAAUUGUCAAAGCAAACAGAACGCUACAAGGAAGAUUCGUCUUCUGAGCCUCCCUUGCACCCUGAACUUGCAGCUGAUGCGCUUUGUCUUUGACAGGCAAACUGGACAUAAGAAAAAGCUGAAUACCUACAUAGGCUUCUCAGAAAUUUUGGAUAUGGAACCUUAUGUGGAACAUAAAGGUGGGUCCUAUGUGUAUGAACUCAGUGCAGUCCUCAUACACAGGGGCGUGAGUGCUUACUCUGGCCACUACAUUGCCCACGUGAAAGAUCCGCAGUCUGGCGAAUGGUAUAAGUUUAACGAUGAAGACAUCGAAAAGAUGGAGGGGAAGAAAUUACAACUAGGGAUUGAGGAAGAUCUAGCAGAACCCUCAAAGUCUCAGACACGCAGACCCAAGUGUGGUAAAGGGACUCAUUGUUCUCGAAAUGCAUACAUGUUGGUUUAUAGACUGCAAAGCCAAGAGAAGCCCACCUCAACCGUGGAAGUUCCAGCCUUUCUUCAAGAGCUGGUAGAUCGAGAUAAUUCCAAAUUUGAGGAGUGGUGUGUGGAAAUGGCGGAGAUGCGUAAACAAAGCGUGGAUAAAGGAAAAGCAAAGCACGAAGAGGUUAAGGAGCUGUACCAAAGGUUACCUGCUGGAGCUGAGCCCUAUGAGUUUGUCUCUCUUGAAUGGCUGCAAAAGUGGUUGGAUGAAUCAACACCUACCAAGCCUAUUGAUAACCAUGCUUGCCUGUGUUCCCACGACAAACUUCAUCCAGACAAAAUCUCAAUUAUGAAGAGAAUUUCUGAAUAUGCAGCAGACAUUUUCUACAGCAGAUAUGGAGGUGGUCCAAGAUUAACUGUGAAAGCACUGUGUAAGGAAUGUGUAGUAGAGCGUUGUCGUGUAUUGCGUCUGAAGAACCAGCUAAAUGAAGAUUAUAAAAUGGUCAAUAAUCUGCUAAAAGCAACAGGAAAGGGUGAUGAUGGAUUUUGGGUGGGCAAAUCAUCCUUGCGGAGUUGGCGCCAGCUAGCUCUUGAACAACUAGAUGAGCAAGAUGGCGAUGCAGACCAAAGCAAUGGGAAAAUGAACGGCAACUCCUUCAGUAAAGAUGAAUCAAAGGAAGAAAGAAAAGAAGAGGAGGAAGAAUUAAACUUUAAUGAAGACAUUCUGUGUCCACACGGAGAAUUGUGCAUCUCUGAAAAUGAAAGAAGGCUGGUUUCUAAAGAGGCGUGGAGCAAACUGCAACAGUACUUCCCGAAGGCUCCCGAGUUUCCGAGUUGCAGAGAAUGCUGUUCGCAGUGCAAGAUCUUAGAAAGAGAAGGGGAAGAAAACGAAGCCUUACAUAAGAUGAUCGCAAAUGAGCAAAAGACUUCUCUUCCGAAUCUCUUCCAGGACAAAAACAGACCGUGUCUCAGUCACUGGCCAGAGGAUACGGAUGUCCUCUACAUCGUGUCACAGUUCUUUGUAGAAGAAUGGCGGAAAUUUGUUAGAAAACCUACAAGAUGUAGUCCUGUGUCAUCGGUUGGAAAUAGUGCCCUUCUGUGUCCCCAUGGGGGGCUUAUGUUUACAUUUGCUUCCAUGACCAAAGAAGAUUCUAAACUUAUAGCUCUGAUAUGGCCCAGCGAGUGGCAGAUGAUACAAAAGCUGUUUGUUGUGGAUCAUACAAUUAAAAUCACAAGAAUUGAAGUGGGAGAUGUAAACCCUUCAGAAACACAGUAUAUUUCUGAACCUAAGCUCUGUCCAGAGUGCAGAGAAGGCCUACUUUGCCAGCAGCAGAGGGACCUGCGGGAGUACACUCAGGCCACCAUCUACGUCCACAAAGUGGUAGACAAUAAAAAGGUAAUGAAGGAUUCAGCUCCAGAGCUGAAUGUGAGCAGUUCUGAGACAGAAGAGGACAAGGAAGAAGCUAAACCAGAUGGAGAAAAAGACCCAGAUUUUAAUCAAAGCAAUGGAGGAACAAAGCGGCAGAAGAUAACCCAUCAAAAUUACAUAGCCUAUCAAAAACAAGUCAUUCGCCGGAGUAUGCGACAUAGAAAAGUUCGCGGUGAGAAAGCACUUCUCGUUUCUGCUAAUCAAACAUUAAAAGAAUUGAAAAUUCAGAUCAUGCAUGCAUUUUCAGUUGCUCCUUUUGACCAGAAUUUAUCAAUUGAUGGAAAGAUUUUAAAUGAUGACUGUGCCACCCUUGGUACCCUUGGCGUCAUACCUGAAUCUGUCAUUUUAUUAAAGGCUGAUGAACCAAUUGCAGAUUAUGCUGCAAUGGAUGAUGUCAUGCAAGUUUGUAUGCCAGAAGAAGGGUUUAAAGGUACUGGUCUACUUGGACAUUAAUCUUUGAACACUGCUGACUGCUAAGAAAAUCACCAGAGGGGAGGAGGAUAAGAAAAUCACCAGAGGGGAGGAGGAUAAGAAAAUCACCGGAGGGGAGGAGGAUUUUGGCAUGUUAGGGCAUUAAAGAAAAGAUGGAUUUAAGAAUUAAACCAUUACAUGACUCUUCCAAAAGGCAAAAAUCCAUUCAAAAGUGACCGUCCCAAAUGCCUUAUGUCAAAUAAAGCAGAUUGCACUGAUGGACAUCAAACUUGAAGGAAAUGUUUCAAAUUUUAUAUAUAAGGGGAGUAGUGGGGAAAAGGGAGCAAGUAAAAAUUGAACUAGUAGCAGUAACAUUAAAUCAUGUUUACAUAUGAGAUUUAUAGUCAUGGAAAGGAAUAAAGCUGUUAUAUUUCCUUGCUUGAGUUUCAUACCAGAUGCACAGGACCAUAAAGGAUUUGUAUCCCAGUAGAUGGGACAGCAAACAUUCUUUUCAGAACUAAAAGUGAUUCUUUAGAGACAUAAUCUGCUUACCCGUACCUGUCUUUGACUCAUACUCUACUUUCAAUAAAGCAUGAAAGUGAAGAACUUGCCAUCGUUGUGGAAAAGUGUCUCCGAGCCAGCUGCAGCAUCACCACCACGUGUGGUGCCGGCGGUCUGUGUGUCAGUGGUGGGCAGAGGAGGGGCACCCGCGUGUCUCCUGCAGUGAGCAAGGGCUUGCAGCUUACUCUGGCCCUCUUGAGUUUCGCCUUGGUGCAUUUCAGAAAAAAUGGAGAGUGUUUCCUACCAGUGAUGAUAGCAGCUUCGUCCAGUCUUGCUGUUGAUCAAAUUGGAAAGUGUUUUUUGCACAUUUGAAAAAUCUGACCACCUAUUGAAGUGUGUUGGACUGACAUGCACUUGAAUAAUGUAUUUUCUUCCCAUUCUCCAAGUCUGCUGUUUCUAUUUAUCAUGCUUCUCUUUUUGAAAGCAUCCAUCCUUCUCAAAUGCCCUAAAAGGAUCAUUUUGAUGGCUUUGUUUGUGAGGGGAGGCAUAUACGGGUGGAUUGUGCCCUUUUAUACAACUCAGGAUUGUACUUGCCAGCAACAAAUAAUCAGCAAUAUUCUUAAGAAUAUUGAAGGAUUUUAAAAUGGAACUUAUAAGGUUGGAAUUGUUUCUUUUUUCUUUCUUUUUUUUUUUUUUUUUUAAUUCUUGAGUGUGCAUCUAUAUGACUGUAGCCUGGAUUCUGACCCAGGCAUUUCCUGAUUUCUUCAUGGCCUCAAAUUUGUGCUUGGCUCCCCCCACACCACCACCCCCGCCAACCCUAAUCUGAACUCAGUCGGGGGAGGAGGAGGCAGAUUUCAGUUUUAGUACCAGUAACAUUAGUAACACAGUGUGCUGAUUACCUAAUCUGUGCCCUCUGAGGAAGUGGGGUGUUUGGUGGGAGCACCUCACAGCCUCCUCAACUGUCCUAGUGGCCUGGCGUGUUGUGUGCCUGUGGUCCUUCACUGAGGCUGGAGGAUUAUGAGUUUUAGGCCAUCCAGGAUGAUACAGACGAGCCUGUUAGAGCAGCUGCUGAGAAACCAUACAUGGCUCUGGCCUUGAGGUCAGCCCAGGGGAGGGCUUGAACUCUGAACUCACAGGCAGCUAAUCUUGAUUUUUAGAUCUCAAGAUUUUUACUUCACUCCAAAGAAAUGAAGCUAGAGCUUGAAAGUCAACACAAGGCUGGGGAUUUAGCCCAGUGGUGCUGUGCCUGUCUGGUAAACUCAAGGUCCUGAGUUUGAUCCCCCAUGCCAGGAAGAGUCGUAACACAAAGGAACUUCCUCUUCCAGUUUAGACUUGUUUUAAAGUUCAGAGUGCUUCAUAAAGCAGCUUCCUCUUCUUUACAAAAGUUUUUUUUGGUGGGCUAUGGGUAUGAAAGUGGCACAGUGCUUGCCUAAUGACAUAAGGCCCAGGGUUCCACCCCCAGCACUUGAGAGGGAUGAAAACUUUCUGGGUGUCAAGUAAACCUCAGAAAAGUAUUCUAUUUUUUUUUUUUUUCAACUUGCUGCUAAUGCUAGUUUUUAAGUUUGUUUGGGUUAUUUUUUUAAAGUUGUAGAGUGGUCUUAAGUAUCAACCUUUUUUGUAAGUCUUCCCGGCUGAUACCUAGUCCUGGCUUUAUUGACUAUCCUGGCAGUUACAGGUGGGAUGGGCCCACCGUGAGCUGCCAAGGCUCCAGAAGUCUCAGAAUUGGAAUCUGUGCCCACAUUGAGUUAAGAAGGGCAUGCUGAGCAGCUUCACAGCCGGUAGCACUUUGCUUACAGGGAGACAAGUCCAAGGGUGACCUGAACUCCACUCCUGUCUUACCUGUAGCCACAAAUGGGCUGAGUACAUUAAGGUGUAGACGUGUUAGGUCCAAGUGCUGGGCAUGUGCACUUCUUAUUGGAGCAGCCUCCCAUAGCAGGUCUUAUGAAGCUUGAGGUUCCCCACUUUAUAUUUCUGGCCACUCUUUUAACCUCACGUGAAUGUAUACAGUAUCUAUGCUUGGACAAAUUGCUGCCUUUACUUAAAAUGCAGGUUGCCAUUUGGAUGUCUUCAUCCACCUCGCGUGCGGGGGAGUAUGUUUGUGUACUUAAAAACUUUGUUUAAAAUUGCUAUUACCUUUCUGCCUAAUUAAAAAGACAUACAUGUCCCUUUAUUUUUAUGGAA